AUGAAGGAAGAACUGUUUGAAGAAGUUCCUUCACCUUCUAAUAGAUGUGUUCUCCAGUGUGCUCAAGCUGAAUAUAAAACAUAUUUGAAUUUUAAGAAGGAAUAUUGGAGGCAAAAAGCAGGUGUAGAUUGGUUUGCUGAAGGUGACAGGAAUACGAGGUUUUUUCAUAAUCUAGUCAAGGGUAGAAGAAAAAAGUAUAUGAUUAACAAGAUUCAAGGAAGUGAUGGUACCUGGUUAGAGGAUGAAACUCAAAUGGCUGCUGAGGCUGUUAAUUUUUAUCAGACUCAAUUUUCACAGGAGGAAGAGAACUCACAAAGCACUUUACUUGAUAAUGUUCCUAAUCUGAUUGAUCAGCAGACUAACAUUGAGUUGUGUAAGAUGCCAAGUUUAGAGGAAAUCAAGCAAGCAGUGUUCAACCUCAAUGGUACAAGUGCAAGUGGUCUUGAUGGUUUCUCUGGGAAGUUCUACCAGUCAUGUUGGAAUAUCAUAGGGGCUGAUGUGUACAAAUUGGUAUUAGAAUUCUUUAAGGGGCAAACUCUUCCCAAAUCCAUUACUCAUACAAAUCUGGUACUACUCCCUAAAACGGACAUUGUGCAAACUUACUCAGAUCUCAGACCUAUAAGUCUGAGUAACUUUAUAAACAAGAUCAUUUCUAGAGUAGUGCAUUACAGGCUAGAGAAUGUAUUGCCAUCAUUUAUCUCUAGUAAUCAGGCUGGUUUUGUCAAGGGAAAGAGCAUCAUUGAAAAUGUGUUAUUAUCACAAGAAAUUAAGACAGACAUCAGCAAGAGGGGUAAACCUGCAAAUGUUGUCAUUAAGUUGGAUAUGGAAAAAGCCUAUGAUAGAACAACUGGAUUUUUCCAUUCAACUAGAGGAGCUAAGCAGGGUGAUCCACUAUCAUUUGCUCUUUUUAUCAUUUCAGCAGAAUGGAGUCACAAUAUUAAUCAUCUUUCAUAUGCUGAUGAUACUAUAAUCUUCACAUCAGCAGAAAAGGAAUCCCUUCAGAAGGCGAUGUUUGUGUUGAAGCAGUAUGAGGAGGUAUCAGGCCAGUUGAUCAAUAAAGAAAAAAGUGCUUUCCAUAUGUUUCACAAGGUGGCAACCAAUUUAAUUCAGCAAGUGGAACAAGUGACUGGAUUCUCAAGAGAUUCAUUUCCAUUAAAGUAUCUAGGCUUUGUGCCUACUAAAUACACUAUCAAUGAACUGCACAAGAUAUUUGCAAGAUUUUUCUGGUCCAACAAGGAAAAAGGGAGAAGCAAGCAUUGGGUUUCAUGGGGUAAGAUUUGUCUUCCAAAAGAAGAAGGAGGUUUUGCUUUUAGAUCUCGAUAUGAUGUGUCAAAAGCAUUAUUUGCCAAGCUAUGGUGGAAGUUCAGGACGGAAAAUACUAUGUGGGAAACUUUCAUGUGGAACAAGUAUUGUAAGAAGCAUAGGUCAACUGAAGUGCAGUGGAGGGGUGGUUCUCAAAUUUGGAAGAGAAUGCUUGAAGCAAGGGAACUGGUUGACCAGCAUAUUUGGUGGGAGCCAAGAAGUGGAGAAUGCAAUGUGUGGCAAGACAAUUGGACUAAAUUAGGAUGUUUAAAACAUAUUAUGCCACUACAGGAUGACAUUGCUGAGCUUAACGUCUUCAUGACAGAUGCAAGAUGGGAUUUUCAGAAAUUACAAGCUGUCUUUCCUUUGGACAUAGUGAAUCACAUUAGCUCAGAUUUAGGAUCUGGAGAAAGGUGUGAUGAAAAGGAUAACCCUUGGUGGAUGUUGACUGCAGAUAGUAAAUUCUCAGUUAAAAGUGCAUGGAAUACUCUCAGACAACAUAGUCAAUAUUCUGUAUACUUUAAAAGAUUAUGGAGUAAAGGUGUUCCUGUGGAUGAUGUUUUUAAGAGAAUGCAUAUAUCUAUAGUUUCCAAAUGCAGAUGUUGUGGAGAGUUUGCUAUGUCAUUGGUUAUACUACAAUGUAGCAGCUGGUGUCACAGGUCCUUUAGUGCAAGUUCAUCAAGCAGUAGUGAAAUGAUGGAAUAUGCAGGUUUCUCCUAUAAUCACAACUAUUUAUCUGGUUGUUCCAGCCUUCAUUUGUUGGCAGAUUUGGAAAAGAAGGAAUACAAUCAUGCAUGGUGGUAG